AUGUCCGAGCACGUGGUGAGCAGCGGCCACAUCAAGCGCCGUCGCGUGGACACGGGCGUCAAGAGGAGCGCCAGCGCGGGCCUCUCCUCCUUCCUCCACUCCAAAACCACGCUCGCCCGAGCGCUGAGCGUCGCUCGCAACGUUGCGCAGCCGCCCGCCUGCAACGGGGAGGGCGGCGCCAACUCGCGCCGCCCGCACGCCGAUUGCGACGAGGCGCCCUUCCCUGCGGGGGGAAACUGGCGCGCGGAGGAGCCGGCGUUCUUCGUCGAGCAAGCCAAGGAGUUCUCGCGCUAUGCCGCGGCGUCGCAGCGCGUGGCGGGCGCGUUCGGCGGCGCCCGCUCGCACGGGGACGGCCGCCCGACUCUUGAGCACUUCCUGGACGAGCACCUGAAGGCGAAGCGCGCCCGCGUGGAGACCAUCGUGCGGGAGAUGAGCGCCCUGCCCGCGCCGUCCGACGAGGUCGCGUGCGAGCAGGACGCCGCGUGCCCGCCGCAGGGGAGCUUAGGUCACGGUGGCCGCGGAAGCAAGCGGAAGCAGCGGCUCCCGCGGCAGCAGCAGCAGCAGCAGCAGCUGCUGAGGACUGGGAGGCACCGCGAACGGAGGCACCUCCGCCACCAGCUGAGGGAGAUGCAGUGGCAGCUGCAGGAGCUGCAGGAAAAGUUCGUGAAGAUCUUCGAGAGCAGCGACUCGGAGGUCGCCGAGGUCUCGGACGACGGCGCUCAGUCUGCGAGCGACGUCGCAGAUUCCCUGGCGUCGUCCGACGACUCCUCCUCACCGCCGGUCGAAGGUCCGGACACGGAGCCCAAAACGAAUCGGCCCUCGCGCGUCGACGAGGCGAACGAACGCCCGCCCGCCGGCGGGCCCCACAAGAAAGAGGCGCAGCUCGCGGAGAAGCUGAAGCAGGAGCUGAGCACCACCAUGUCCCAGGUGGUGGACACGGUCGUCAAGAUCUUCUCGCCCAAAACGCAAAAGCCGUCGUCGUCGCCCAGCACCCCUGAGAUGCGGGAGCCGGUCCCGGCCGUCAGCGCGAGGAAAGAGAAGACGACCGCUUCCCAGCAACCGUUGCAGGGGCCGGAGAAUGCACCGGCCGUCGGUCCCCUGGAAUGCUUCCUGGGGCUGCCCGUCGCAGAGCAGCUGGAGGCCCUGCCCCUCGUGGUUCAGAAGCUGCCGCGUGAGCAGCCGCCUCAGAGCAGUGCCCAGCUGCCUCACCAGAGCUAUCACAUCCCUCCUCCUCCUCCUCCUCCGACGGGGCUCGACCCGGUGAGCUUCUGUGGCCAGGGGUACUCCCCGUGUCUCCCGCACCCAUUGAUGGCCUUCCCCCUGCAGCUCACUCACCACAUGGGCCCCAGGGCUAGGGACGGACUGCCCCCGGAGCUGAGGAGCAUCGAGCAAGACCUGGCCAGCGCCAGCCGGACCAAGCCGAGCCGGCACCCGGGGCCUCUUCGCUACCACAUGCCCUGCUCGCCGGACAUCAGCCGGACCCCAUCCAAAGGUCUGCUCUUCCCACUCGUCAAGUCGGAGGGAUACAGCCUGCAGGAAUAUCAAGAUAUGUGCCACUACCAAGAAGCGACCAUAUCCUUUUAG